CAGCGCUGCCCGCAGCACCACUUGCUCUUGCCUGCUGAGAAGCUCUGCCAAGUCACCACCUGCAGCUUCUCCACCUUCAAGAUGCUCUCCCUAGAUCCGCUGAGUUCUGAGUGGGACUGCCCCCUGGGCUCCAAGGACCUGGACCGAGAGGAAGGACCAUGGAGAGGGAGCGCUGGCCUGCCACCAGCAGCCUGCUUCCCUGGCCCCUGGCGGCAGGAUGUGGGUCUGGACUGCAAGGGCUCCCCGGAGGGCGCCGAGGCCCGGGCCUGGACUGUCUACUACUACAAUCUCCUGCAGAGCUGCCUGCAGCAAGCUGGCCUUCCGGAGACCCAGGACCGCAGCCAGGUGCCCCGCACAGGCUACCCUGGCGCCGAGGUGACCUUGUGCAUUCUGGGACCCCCCAGCACCUUUCUGUCUGUGCUGCUGGAGGGUGGGGUCCAGAGCCCGGGAAACCUGCUCCUUUGCCUGUCCCCUGCCUGGCUGACCAAGGUGCCAGCACCAAGACAGCCGGGUGAGGCCACUCUGAUGGUCUCCAAGGCUGUGAGCUUCCACCCAGGGGGCCUAACAUUCCUGGACGACUUUGCCCCCCCACGGCGGGCCACCUACUUCCUGGCAGGCCUGGGUCCUGGCCCUGGCUGGGGCAGGGAGGCCGCAGAGCUGGCCCGGAACCUGACUUGCCCCACAGGAGCCACAGCAGAGCUGGCCCGGCUGCUGGAGGAGCGGCUCCUCAUGAGGCAGCUGCUGUCCCAGCAGGGUGGCGUGGCUGUGCCAGCUACCCUGGCCUUCACCUAUAAGCCUCCGGGGCUGCUGCGGAGAGGGCAUGCCAGCCCCGGACUACACCUGGUGGAGCUGAGUGGCAAAGAGGGCCAGGAAAGCCUGGUGAAAGAGGAAGUGGGGGCCUUCCUACACUCGGAAGCCCUGGCCAGUGCCUCACAGGUGGCCGUGAAGCUGAGCGGCUGGCGCUGGCUGGGGCGACAGACAUUGCGCCUGCAUCCACGGGCAGAGCCAGACGCAGUGGUGAGCACGGUGAUGGCCUUGCUGGAGAAGCUGGAAGAGGAAGAGAGCGUCAUGGUGGAGGCCAUGUGCCCACCUGCCCAGCUGCCCUUCCCAGAUGGUCCCUUACGUGGCCCAGAGCUGGCUGUGCGUAUCUGUGCCAUGGUGUGUCGGACUCAGGGUGACAGGCCCCUGCUGAGCAAGGUGUUGUGCGGCGUGGGUCGCGGGGACCGGCCCCUACGGCACCAGAACACCCUGCCGAGGACGCUGGACGCGGCGCUGGCGCAGUGUGGGCUGCGGGAGGCGGCGCAGGUGGAGGUCGUGUGGCGGCGCGUCAAGACGGCGGCUGAGGCCGCGCUGGCCGCCGUGCUGGCCCUGGAGGCCGGCUUGAGCGCUGAGCAACGCGGCGGGCGCCAGGCCCGCACCGACUUCCUCGGCGUGGACUUCGCUCUGACCGUGGUGGGCCGCGAGCUGACCCCCGUGCUCCUGAAGCUGAACUGCGGGCUGUGUCUGGAGGCGUGCGGCGCGCUCGAGGGGCUGUGGGCCGCACCCCGCCCGGGGCGCGCGGCGGAGGAGGCGGCGGCCGCGCCGCUGGUGGAGACGAUGCUCCGGCGCUCGGCGCACUGCCUCAUGGAGGGAAAGCAGCUGCUGGUGAUAGGCGCGGGCGGCACCAGCAAGAAGUUCGUGUGGGAGGCAGCGCGUCACUACGGCCUUAAGCUGCACGUAGUGGAUGCAGACCCCAACCACUUUGUGUCCCAGCUGGUGCAAACCUUCAUCCACUUCGACGUGACAGAACACCGUAAGGAUGAGGAGAAUGCACAUCUGCUGGCCGAGCAGGUGCGGGCCCGUGGCCUGCAGCUGGAUGGUUGCUUCUCUUUCUGGGAUGACUGUCUGGUGCUUACAGCCCUGCUGUGUCAGGAGCUGGGCCUGCCCUGCAGCCCCCCAGCUGCCAUGCGCCUGGCCAAGCAGAAGAGCCACACCCAGCUGCACCUGUUGUGUCACCAGGGCCCACCCUGGCCUGCACCCUCCCUCCAUGCUGUGCCCUGCUGCCCGCUGCAGACCGAGGCUGAUGUGGAGCGAGCCAUCCACCAGGUCCCCCUGCCGGGUGUGAUGAAGCUGGAGUUCGGGUCAGGUGCAGUGGGCGUGCAGCUGGUGAAGGAUGGGCCCCAGUGCCGAGAGCACUUUACCCGGAUUUCCCGUGACUUGCAAGGCGAGACUGACUAUCCAGGCAUCGGGCUGGGCUGGGGCAAUGCCAUGCUGCUGAUGGAAUUUGUGGAGGGCACUGAGCAUGAUGUGGACCUGGUGGUUUUUGGCGGCCAGCUGCUGGCUGCCUUUGUCUCUGACAACGGCCCCACAAGGCUGCCUGGCUUCACAGAGACGGCGGCCUGCAUGCCCACCAGGCUGGCACCGGAGCAGGAGGCUCAGAUGGUGCAGGCUGCCUUCCGCUGCUGCCUGGGCUGUGGGCUGCUCAACGGGGUCUUCAAUGUGGAGCUCAAGCUGACAGGGUGUGGGCCGAAGCUCAUUGAGAUCAACCCGCGCAUGGGCGGGUUCUACCUGCGUAAUUGGAUCCUGGAGCUCUACGGGGUUGAUAUUCUGCUGGCUUCAGCCAUGGUGGCCUGUGGCCUGCGGCCUGCCCUGCCCCCCCACCCACGGGCCCGUGGCCACCUGGUAGGCAUCAUGUGUGUGCUGUCUCAGCAUUUGCAGGUGCUGAGUUCCACCACGGUGCGAGACACCCUGCAGGCCCUGCAUGAUCAGGGGCUGCUGCACUAUAAUCUUCUGGAAGAGUCUCUGGUGCCCGGCAAGUACGAGGAGCCAUUCUGCAACGUGGCAUGUGGUGGACACACCCCUGCAGAGGCCUGUCACCGGCUGCUGGGCCUCUGCCAGGGGCUGGGCAUUGAUGGACCUAACUAUCCGGUUGCCCACUUCCUGUCUCAUUUCAAAUAGCGCUGGGAUCUGAGGAUAGGGAUGAAGUGCUGGGGAGGGAGGGGCUGAGGUGCCCUCCAUUCCGAGAGCCCUCCCUGCCUCUCUCUUUGUUGCCUAGCCCAGCCACACCCACUCUCAAGCCUUAGAUCUCUUCCAGAG